AUUCUUGGUAGUUGUCCGAUUGACAUGUCAGCAAAGCUAACGCAAUGCACCAGCAUAGCUCUAAGAGAAUUUUUUUAAAUUUUUUUCCCAAACAGGGACUGCUAACCGUUAAAAUUCAAUUUUAAAUGACUAAAUUUAAGUAGAAACACCCCAUAGUAACUAAGAAUGUACACGUAUUAAAUAUCGCUCAAGCUCUACAUUGUUAGAAUAGAACAGUUACAAUCAUUAGCGAUGGAAAAGCAAACCGAUGACCGGUCAGUCAAGUCCAAAAAUAAAAAACAGACAAGGAAAAAGAACAAAGCUGAAAGUACUGAAAACCAGCAAAAAGAACUUGAAUGUAUUACUAAAAAUCAUGAAACCAACGAACAAAAAGUAAUCAACGAACAAAAAUUAAUUAAUGAACAAAAAUUAAUCAACGAUCAAAAACCUGAUAUAUUUAACAAUUUUAAAAUAAGUAUUGAAAUAAAUUUAUUGGCAGUAAUACUCUUUAUGUCAGCUCUGUCAUCAAGAUUUUUUAAACUUGAUCAACCCCGUAAUGUUGUAUUUGAUGAGCUUCACCACGGAAAAUAUGUUAGUUUAUAUAUGAAGCGAACAUUUUUCUUUGACACUCAUCCACCACUUGGGAAGCAAUUAAUAGCAGCUGUUGCAUAUUUAUAUAAUUACAAUGGUCAAUUUAAAUUUGAAAGAAUUGGGAGUGAAUUUAGUGAUGAUGUCCCAUUAUUUGGUUUACGUUUUGUACCAGCAUUAUGUGGUAGUUUGAUUAUUCCUGUUGCAUAUCAAUUAAUGUUGGAACUAGGUUGUCGACAUUGGUGCGCUGCUCUUGCUGCAUUUCUUCUCCUUUGUGAAAACACAUUAUUAACACAAUCUCGAUUCAUCUUGAUGGAGUCUAUAUUAAUAUUUUUUACAUUAUGUGGAUUGUUAUUUGUGUUAAAGUAUAAAAGACUGAAUAUGAAAUCACCUUGGGCUUUGACUUACUUAAUAAUUGCUUCUAUUUGUCUAACUAUGGCUACAUGUGUCAAGUAUGUUGGACUUCUCUCGUGGCUUUUGAGCUUAUGGAUAAUCUGUAGAGAUUUCUGGGUUAACCAUUUAGGUGAUAAACGUCUAUCAGAUUUUACUAUUUUCUUGUGUGUGAUAUUAAGAUGUAUUAUUACAUUUUCAAUAUCCAUUGCCAUUUAUUUUUCUGUAUUUUUCAUCCAUCUUAUAAUUUUGAAUAAAGCAGGACCACACGAUAGUGUUAUGACAAGUGCUUUUCAAGCUAGUCUAGAAGGUGGACUAGCGUCUAUUACCAAAGGUCAACCUUUGCAUGUUUCACAUGGAUCACAAAUUACAUUACGUCAUACACAUGGAAGGACAUGUUGGCUUCACUCACAUACUCAUGUUUAUCCUAUCAAAUAUGCUGAUAAACGAGGAAGUUCUCAUCAGCAACAAGUUACAUGCUAUACAUUUAAGGACGUAAAUAAUUGGUGGAUAGUUAAAAGACCAGAAAGAAAUACAUUAGCAGUAGAAAAUACAAAGGACCCUGAUGGUAUAAAACAUGGUGAUAUUAUUCAGCUGGUACAUGGAAUGACAAGUCGUGCUUUAAAUUCUCAUGACGUAGCAGCACCUGUAUCACCACAGAAUCAAGAAGUAUCAUGUUACAUUGAUUAUAAUGUUUCUAUGCCGGCUCAAAAUCUGUGGAAAGUGGAAAUAAUCAAUCGUGAUCAAUUUGGAAAUGUUUGGCAAGCUAUUAAUUCACAGGUAAUACUAACUCAUUUAAAUUCAACGCAAGCAUUGAAGUUUAGUGGUAGACAGUUGCCAGAUUGGGGAUUUAAUCAGCAUGAAGUGGUUACAGAUAAGAUAAUAUUUCAAGAUGAUACAGUAUGGAAUGUUGAAGAACAUCGCUAUACCAAAAGCGAAAAUGAAAAAGAAAGAGAACGUGAACUUGUCGCUGCUGAAAUGAUACCAUCAAAAGGAACAAAAUUGGGGCUUUGGGAAAGAUUUUGGGAAUUACAAUACAAAAUUAUAUUUUCUUCACCAAACACCCAAAAUGUUCAUUCACACAUGUACAGUAGUGAACCUCUUGAUUGGCCAUUAAUGGUUCGAGGAGUUGCUUAUUGGUUAAGUGAACAUGAUAAUGGACAAAUUCACCUGUUGGGAAACAUUGUCGUAUGGUAUUCAUCUACAAUAUGUCUAUUAUUAUAUUUAUCAUUCUUUGCUUUUUAUUUGCUGCGCCAAAGAAGACAAAUUUUUGAUUUACCUUUAGAUGAAUGGGAACAAUUCAAAACAAUUGGAGAAGUUUUAGUUGUUGGAUAUGGCUUGCAUUAUAUUCCAUAUUUUUUUAUUGAUCGUACAUUGUUUUUACAUCAUUAUUUGCCUGCUCUUGUAUUUAAGAUAUUACUAUGCGCUGCGUUUUUACAACAUCUAGCAAAUAUUGUUAAAAAAAAAUUGAUUCCAAGAUUUAUUUUUCAUUUAAGUCUUUGCAUAUGGAUUUUAAGUGUUAUGUAUGUAUUCAAAAAGUUCAUUGUCUUCAGUUAUGGAACUUCUCCUUUAACAUCUAAAGAAGUUUUUAAACUACGUUGGAAAGAUACUUGGGACUUCAUUAUUCAUAAACCAUAAGUUUAAUAAUUUGGUGAUUAUACUAAUAAGUUACUUAACUGGUUGACUUACUAUGACAACAAUUAUUAAUUAGCAUUUCGUUCAAAUUUUAGUCAUCUAUUAUAUUAAAAUAUGCAUUAUAAUUCAUCCACUAUUAUGUUCAUUAGUUUUUUCAAUUUUUUUUAUUAAAUAAUAUGUUUAUUAAAAAAAAAAAAAAACUAGAUUAAAUAAAAAGAAUAUUAUUUAAAGAGGACACCACACCUGCAUGUGUUGUGCAUGUAUACUCAAAAUUUGAGUAUGUAAAUUAUUAGAAAUCAAAUAUUCUUAUACCUAACUUAUAAAUUUAAAUAUCAAAAAACAAUCCAACGCUGCAUUACUGAUAAUGUUCUAAUCUUUAACUUUGAUAAUAAGUAAAUUCACUCCACUAUUAAAGCUAACAACACAUAAUGUGUUCUACAGAACACAAAUUUGCUUUGUUAAAUGUUAUGUCAAAUGGAGACUACACAUUCAGGUGUGAUGUCCUCUUAAUAUUAACUAUUUAAAAGUCAACACAGACUUAUAACUACCAAUUCACAUUGUUGUUCAUUGAGUCUAUCUACAGAUGAAAAAUGAAAAUAUUAGGCUCUCUUACAUCAUAAUUUAACUACUAUUUAAUUAUACACGUUUAAAAACUUUUUAAACAAAUUUAAAGAAUAGUAAUUUAUUUAAUAAUUAUUAUUACAUAAACCUAAUAUACUUUUACACAACACAAGAGACAUAUGGUAUUAUUUACUAACAUUUUUUUUUUUUUUUUUUAGUAUAUAAUAGUUAAUAUUGUUAGAUACUCAUGGUUUUCGCCAAAUUUUUUUUAAAUGUGGUAUCCAUUUAUAAUUUUCAACAUAAACAGGUUGCAUUGUAAGUACUCGCCAUUUUUUUUCUGUUAUUCAAUAUAAAUACCAUCAAAGGUAUAAAUAUAUAAUUGUCAUAACGUCCAAACACCAUUAUUAAAUUAUUUUAUUCCUUAUAUUUACAACCAUUUAUUACAUUGAAAGAACUGGUAAAAAAAUUAUGAUUUUUUUAAAUAAUUUUGACAAAUUAUUAUUAAUAUAUAGAUCUCUACUGGAAUCCAAUGAUUUUAGUCUUUUUUACUGAUAUUGCUAUAAAAUAUAUUUAUAUCAUGUAAAUAAUACUGCAGUAUUCGAAUAGAAAGGUAGUUUUUUGACUAAAUCACCUUAGAAUACUGUAAGAUUUUGGUUGCCCAAAUGUUUCUUUUGAAAAUAUUUAUUGAUUCAUUAACACAAGUUUUAUUCAAUGUGGCUUUUAAUAUUUGUUUUUAAACUGAAAUAAUAAAUUACAUAAACAGUAUUUCUUAUUUUUAUUUUUAAGUUACAAACAAAUAACUACUUAAAUUAUCUACUUAACUUUAAUUUCAUGUAUUUAUUUUAAUUAGAUCUAUUUAAAAUAAUUUUUAAACUAAAAAUAUUUCAUCAUAAUAUGACUGAUAUGUCAUAAAAUAAUUGAAUAAGUUAUAUAUAUUUUUUUAUAUGCAUGUAUUUAUAUUGUAGUUUAUGAUAAAAGUAUAUUUUUAUUGUGAUUUAUUUACAAUUUUAUUGAACAACAUUUUACACAGGGUAUUAUAAAAUAUAUUAGUAUUACUAACCUAAUUUUAAGUAUUUAUUAAUUAGUAUAAUUAGUAUGAUUUAGUAUCAAGAUAUUUCUGUAAAUAAUAGUCAAGUACACACUGCUUGUUAUAUUUUGUUAUUUCAAAUAAUUAAUUUAUUAAAUGAAACUAUAAUUUAUAACUUUCAUUUAAUAAUAUUUUCAUUAUUAAAUUAUUACUUGUAAUACAUUUAUUUCUUCAUCUUUUUAGCUCUGCCUUUUUUAUAUGAAAUGUUAAGGUCCAUUAUCAGUACUACUAAAAACCUUCAUCACUCCAUCUCCUUCCCUAAUUGUUCUUUAUUUUUACUUGUAAUAGUGACAAUUCUUUGACAGUCAUAUCUUUUCAUCAUUGCAUAAGCUAUCUUUUAGAGUAUUUUGUGUUUGAUUUCUAUCUUAUAGUGUACUCUGACUUCUAUGCACGAUUGAUCUAACUUUGCCUGAACUCUCAAGGAAACUCCAAAUAUAUUUGUUUCUUUGUACAAAUUUCUGUAUCUUGGGUUCUCCUUAGAUGAUUCUUUUUGGUCUAAAUAUGCUUCAAAAAGAUUAGUAUUAAUAUAGCAAUUUUUUUUAUCCAUUUUUAUCCUCUGCAAAAGAAUGAAUAAAUAAUGGUAUUAGUCACUAUUUUUAGUUGCUGCUACCAAUAUAGUUUUAUUCCUUCAUGGCUGUUGAUGUUUUCGUUAAUAUUUACCCUUAAGUAUUUAAAAUUUAUCGCCCUUUCAAAAUAUUAUUAUUUACAAUAAAAUGUCUUGUUCCUAAGUUAUAUCUCAUAACUAUCAUGUUUCAGUAUUUGGAUUUUUCCUCAUUAAUCCGAUUUAAUAUAAUAUUCAAAUUUAUUUUAAACUUUUUAAUUAUUAAAUAACAUUUACAUUGUGUGUAUUUGGCUGAUUAAUUUUUAUUAUUUCCAUAAUAAUUAUUGUGAUAGGUCUUUAUUUAGUAAGUAAAUAUACGAUUUGCAAUAUCAAGGUUAUUAUUAAAUAUUAUUUUAUAUAAUUUAAUUUUUGUUAUAGCCAUAUUUUUAGCUCUAUGUAAAAUUGUUAUACCUUUUUUGAUAUUUUUAAUGUGUAUUUAUUAUUUAUAGAUCUGAAAAUAAAUAAUUUUACAAACA